AUGAGGAAAAAUUAUCAAUUAUCCAAACGAGGAGAAAUCGAACCUUAUUUUGAUGGUUUACAAUCCCGUAAACGAUACGCAAAAUUUUGGGACGGAGUUGAAUAUGAUCCCGAAGUUAUAAAAUUUGAAAGCACUCAAACUUCAAGGACCGGUGCUUCGAUUAUGGCUUUUUCCGAAGGAUUAUUCAAUGGCAAGGGCCCUUUAGACACUUGUAAAAGUCAACCUAUAUAUUAUCUGACUUCACCAAAUUCUGAGUUUAUCUGUCCACGUUGGAACGAGACCGUUUUGAAUAAUAAUAAAUUACUAGGUGAGCAAAUAUACGCUUAUGGUAACAAGACUCUAGCACCAAUUGCCAAGCGACUUUCCGAAGAAUACGGCAUUAGCCCACCUCUUAAUCCACGUCUAGUACCACAAAUUUUCAAUUAUUGCCAAUUUUGGCUCGCGGUUUAUAAUCGAACCGAUGCAUGGUGUUCACUCUUAAGUCCCAACGAACUAUUAUUAUCACGAUAUUAUUUCGAUAUGGUCUCUUAUUAUCAAUAUUCAUAUGGUCAUCCUCUUAAUGAACGAAAAGGUUGUAGAUAUUUCACUCAACUUGUGAAUGGAGUUGAUAAUUAUUUAAAUGUAUUCAAAGACAAAAUCCCACUCACAGCAAAUUUAACCUUUGAACAAAUUAAAGAUGUCAAAUUCACAGAAAAUAGACUUAUACAAUGGUCUUCUACGCUUUAUUUCGAAAUUUAUAAGUGUUCCGAUGAUAGCGUACUGAUACGAGUGUUACUCGAUUUUAAGCCUUUUUGGAUUCCGGGUUGUGAGAGUGAAUAUUGCGAGUGGAACAAAUUCAAAGAGAUUCUUGGAGAUAAGAUUGGGUGCGAUUUUGAAAAGAUGUGCGAGUAUCCUUAA